UCGGAUGGCGAAGGCGCAUUGCGUGAGGUUGAGGCGAAAGAGGCGGAGAAAGCUGAGGCGCGUGGCCAGCAGCGAGGCCCGAAGAACCGAUCUGUUGUGCACUGGAGUGUGGCGAGGCCGACAACCUCCAUUGACAAGGGUCUUCGAUGGACGUUUACUUGCCGUCAUUGUGGAGUUGGACGGUCAUUUCGCCGAACUCUCACGGGCGAUAACGUAGUCUGGGAAGACGAACCUGUCAAGCCACCGCUCGCAAACCUCGCCUCACAUCUGAAGCAGGCUCAUCCUGAGCUCCGGGACGUCAAACAUCGGGCAAAUGCCGCUGCUAGAAGCUCGAAGGACGGGUCCUUCUACGACCGGGAAGAUGUGGAGGCCUUUGAGGGGUACAUGCACAGUGGUCCAUUCGACCCGAACAGCACGCCUACACAGCAAGGUUUCACGGCGGUGAUCGCAGGAUGGCUACUGUAUGAAGACUUACCUUUCACGACAGCAGAAGCGACUUCCUUCAAGAGCUUGAUGCGCUACUGUCAAGUCCGAUUCUUGCUUCCCUCGGACAAGACUGUCCGGGCGGAGGUAAAACUCGGGAUCAUGCACCUCAUAGCGUUAACCGGAGACAACGUCGCAGCGAAUGACCUUCUCGCCGCCGAGCUGAUGCGUCUGCUCAUUGAACGCUAUGAUGGUGAAGUUCAUUUCCACCCCGACAACGGCCGCAUCCACUGCUUUGCCCAUGUGGUCAACCUCGUCGUCCAAAAGGUCAUCCACGACCUUCUGAAGGCAUCCAGCUCACCGGCCGAGGUUGAAAACCUCCAAUUCGCCGAUCCAGACGUGAAAGACUACUACGAGGAGCUGCACAAGCACUUACCAUUCCAUUACGAC